CCCCAAUUCAAUCCUCAGCCUACAUUACCUGCAUUCCACCCUACACACACAUCACUGAACGCAUGCGCAAUAACUCCGCCGUGAUGUACUGUAGUCUGAGCUCAAAGUGACUUCCCUCCAGUUUCUGCCCAGCAAAGAUCUGCCAGCAGCUACAAACUACUGAGUCAGUAUGGAGGAAGCUGACCUACUGCGGGAGAGACUGCUGGCCAUCACAGAUAAGAGAAAAAUACAAGAGGAUAUUGCAAAGAAGAGGAGAGAGAUUGAGGAUGUUAAAUUUAAACUCCAGUAUUUAAAGAAAAAAUCACUUCGUGAACAAUGGCUGAUGGACGGCUUGAGUGGACAGAACGAGCAGGAUGAAGAGGCUGUAAGAGCUCAGGCACAGAAGGAUCAGCAACAAACAGAGUUCCUGCAGAGUCAAAUCCAGAGAAUAGAGGGUGAAAUCGAGGAUCUCGAGACACAGGAGCUCAAUAUUUCAAGAAAUGAGGAGCUGAUUCUGAAGCAGCUGAAGGAGGUGGAGAAGACGGCUGAGGACAUUAUAAAGAGAUCUGCGAGUGAGGAUUUGGAAGCGGUUGGCAGAAAAGUGAAUGAGGAUUACUUUUCUAUUCAGAACCAGACACGAGCAGAGCUGCAGUCCCUCUCGGAGCCAGUAACCAUGGAGACAAGUGAAGAAUCCAGCACGGACAACAUAAUGGACCAAGGGAUGGACGCCCAGGUGACUGAGUCAUUCGAGAGCAAGGACACGGGCGCCGAAGACAGUCACGAAGGCGACGAUAAUGACCUGUUAGAGGCUCUAAGUGCCAAACUGGCCGCUGCAGAGAUACAUCCUAAUGAAGACCUGCCCUCCUCAAAGGAAGCUUUAGUACUGGAGGACGCUCGCGAGGAGCUCAAUCGAAAUGAAUCUAUUACUUCCUCGGUCUCGGACACGCCGUCUAGUGCCGAGAGCGUGUAUGAGAACGAGGCCAUGAAACAAAGACAGGAUUCGGUGAAGGAUGAAAUUUUAAAAGAUGUUUUGCCCGUGAUUUUGCCCGAAGACGAUGAGGGUGGCGACAUGCUGGAUCCGCUGAAGGCUGAACUCCAUCAGGCGCUCCUAGAGAGCUUAGAUUGUGGAGAGGUCAACGAAUCGAUGCUGGAGUCUUUUAUUAGAGAGGAGGUUAUGUCAGACAUGUCAAACGAGUCUGGUCAAAAUCCUGAAGACCUGGACGAGUGUCUCCUAGUAGAAAUAGCCGCAGCGUCCUCCGACAGUGAGACCGACGAAAAGUGGAGGAAUAUUUUUUCCUCCUCCAUCAAUAAAGAGGACGAUGACUCCUACCUGGACAGCCUUCAGCUAAGUGCGCAAGAACUCUUCAUCCAAAAGCCUGAAAGGAAUUCGUUCGAAGAGCCAUCAGAAGCAAAGCAGGAGACGGAGGAGGACGUCCGGGUGGAAGAGGAUGUCCUGGAGCAACCUGAGAACACCUCAGCUUACACACCGCCCCCUCAGGAGAUCUCUUAUAACCCCUCAACACUGUUCCACGCCUUGUCAAAAAUAUCUGAAGAUGAAGAGGAGCUUGGGAAGGGUUCGGUAAAUCAUAAGGAUCCUCCGUCUAGUUGUGUCAAGUCAGACUUCAACAAGAAGGUCCCGAAAGAUUUCUGCGUGAUUCAAGAAAUGAAAAGUGAGAACGUCAGUACAGAGCACGUGGACUUCCAAGUCGCUCGCAAUCAGUGGCUCCAAAUGGAGGAGCAAACCAAGAACCUGGCACACCAGCCAAUCUCCAAGACUGGGACCUGCCAAGGCAAUCACAGCACAAUGUACACACCAGUACGAAACAUCGACAGGAACAAGAAGGAUCCAGAUCUCGAGGGUUUGCCACUUAAAAGAGAAUACCAGCAUACCCAGUUUAGCCCCUGCUCCGAGGACUCGGGUGUAGAUGACUCGAGUUACAGGUCACCUUGCGAUGACCCGGAGACACCGAACGAGAAGAUCAGCUUUGCUAUAGAACAAGAUGACAGACUGAGGCGUGAGAGAGGAAUGUCCAAAUCCUACUCGAGUGACUGUGUUCCAGGGAAGGGGAAGCCCGUCAUCCUGAACUUUGGAAGCUUCCGCCAAGAAUCCGAUGAAAAAAGGAAGAUGCUAGAGCACUGGGAUGAUGACUGCAAGUUGUCUCCCAGCACCAACAUGCCAUCCUUCAUCAUAACCUCAUCACCAACGAAGGGACCGCUGAGGCAUGAACUGACCGCCAACAACGUCAUCAUUCUGGAACCUGAAUCGUGCCAUCAGAGUCCACGCCACGCUGGAAAACUGAUGACCUCUAAAUCCGCUGACUGGAGGUCCGAGGACACGCCCAAUUUAAUCAUACUGGAGACAUCGAAUCUGAUCAUCCGCAGUGCGUCGGACUUCAAUUUGAAUACUUCUGUGGAGAUGGAGGAGAAAGCUUUCCUUAAUAACCCAUUUUUCAAGCUGCGAUCCAGAAGUACAAUUUCUCUGGUCGAUGAAGAGAUUAAGAAGGCAAAACAACGAGAGGAGGAACUAAAAAAAGAGAGAGCGGGUAUUUACACUAAAGAGAACUUCCUGGCCUCCCCUAAUCUCCUGGACAGCGCUUAUGACAAGCAAGAUGAUUUCCCAACAAGGUGUAAAUCAUCCCCCUCAUCCCCCAUGAAAAGUUGCAGAAUGGACCGGUCAGCGCUGUCCUGUGAUCACAGGUUUCCCGAGUCCUACUCUGGUGGUCGGCGUAAGAGUGCCAUGGCUCUGCGGUGGGAAGCGGGCGAGUUUGCAAACAACUGAACAGUCAGAGGCCGGAAAUCAACCAGUAAUUUUCUCUGUUCUCUGUAGGAAACGUCACGACUUCGGCUCCAGUCUCAUGUCGGUUUCAUGUGAAGCACACGCUGUCGCUUGUGUAAAUUUGUGCAGCUCUCUCGUCACAAAAUCAAAGCGCUUUCCGAGAUGCCUAAACGUUAGCUGAAUGUUGUUCAAUCUGUACGUGUUUGUCUGUA